UCCUGUUACUUCUGGCUUCCGCUAGUCGCAUUUUCGCGUUUUUCUUUUGCUUCCUGUUGCAGAGUGAAACAAAUGGCGGGAUGCGGUAGAGUUUGUUUGCUUUACCUCGUGUAGCUGUUAUUCUUUCGUUGUUACUUUCGCGGAACUUUUCUCAUCUGAGCCUGUAGUUGCCACCAUGAAGCUCGUUCGGUUUUUGAUGAAACUGAGCCAUGAAACAGUGACCAUUGAACUGAAGAAUGGUACCCAGGUCCAUGGAACUAUCACAGGGGUGGACAUCAGCAUGAACACUCACCUCAAAGCUGUGAAGAUGACAUUGAAAAAUAGGGAACCCACACAGCUGGAAAGCCUCAGUAUUCGUGGCAACAACAUCCGGUAUUUCAUCUUGCCAGACAGCCUGCCAUUGGACACCCUUCUGGUGGACAUUGAGCCUAAGAUAAAGUCCAAAAAGAGAGAAGCUGUUGCCGGCCGUGGACGUGGCAGAGGUCGGGGUAGAGGUCGUGGAAGGGGCCGUGGAAGAGGAGGCCCUAGACGAUGAAUCUCUCUGUCGUCAGUGUGUUCUCUCAGAUGUUUUUUUUUUUUUUCCCCUGUCCCCUUUGGGGAAGUAUUUGGU